AUGACGAGCGCAUCGGAGUUAUUUUAUCAAAGGAGGUCGCGAGUGAGCCGAGCCAAUACCGAUCUAGGGCCCGAGCCUUCUACUUCUGACCGUAGUUUUUGUCAAAAUUACAAUCGCCGCCAUCCCCAUAAUCAUAAUCAUCGUCAUGAUUUGGACGGCUGUGAUCCACUUCGUAGGUCUCCCCAUGUGCGGCACCCGGGCCAUCGGUUAUCCUCUCUCCCUGCCGAACGAGCUUCAGCUCGACCUGAUCAAGGUACCAGCCAGUUUGUUCCAAGCAACAAUCACAGCACUGAAACUUUAAGCAGCACAAGACGCCCUAGAGUGAAUGGAAAUGAGAGACUUCCUGGAGCUGUGCUACUUGCAAGGGCAAGGCUUCUCGAAAGGUUAAGAGGAGUAACCCUUUCUGGAAACAGGCAAAGGGGCCGAGCUUCUUUUGCCAUCCAUGACAGGGAGUAUACGCUCAGCGAUGAAUUGAGGGUUGUUGAUGCAGGGGACUGGGGAACUGAUAUUUCUACAGGGAUUUUUGCUGGAGGUUCUCCUUUCAAUGACUCAACCUUUCAAACAGAAAGACUUCACACUGUGCAGGAAUCACACAAGAAGAAACCACCUGGUCUAACUCAAGAUGCCCUUUACUGUUUGCAAUCAGAGGUAUUUAGCAACUUAGAGAAGGGUAUCGAAGGAGGUGUAUCUCAAGUUUCAUGGGAUUGUAGUAUAUGUCUCGAGAGUUUUACAGAAGGAGAUGAGCUUAUUCGCUUGCCAUGUGAGCAUAGAUUCCACUCUGCUUGCUUGGAUCCUUGGGUCCGAACUUGUGGAGACUGCCCAUAUUGUCGAAGAGAUAUAGUUGUAAGUAAUGACUCAGAAUAA